CAACCCUAGUUCGGCGUUUCCACAUGCGAGAUCGAGCCUGGAGCGGCUCGCCAUCUCUGCCGCCGGUCCGCCGCCUCGCUCGCUCGCUCGCCGUCCGCCGCCUCGCUCGCUCGCUCGCCGUCCGCCGCCGCCGCCUUGCUCAGUUGCUCGUCGUCCUCCGCCGCCGCGGCGCCAGCACGCCUCGUCCUUCCCCUCUCUCGGCUCAGUACUUUGGUUUUCUCCCAUGUCGACAUCAUUAGCUGAAGCUUCGCAAGGAGGAUAUAUCAAAGAGGUCAUUGCAGAGGGCUCUUCGGGAGGCUUAUCAUCAUCAACACAAUUGUUGUCUGCAAAACGAAAGUUAGCAGCAUCGAAUCCUUCGACAGCGAAGCGAAGACGAUCACCUAUUGUAUUGCCAAUAGUCAGGUCUCCAGGAGUGCGCCAAAUUAUUUCUCAAAAUGCUCUCAUCAUGGAGAGAUCACAAGUUCCUGGUCAUAUGUCCCCAAGUGCAGAGUCUCCAAGAGCUAGAUCUCUGUCUCCAGUGGCAAGGUUCGUAUCAAGUCCGUCUACUAUCCUUGAGCUGGAUGUUGAAAAUCAGCCAAGGGAAUCAAGUCAACCAACACCUCAUGUUGUGACUCAUCGUUCUGGUUAGCACCUAAUACAUUUGUUCUAAAGGACUGGAAAUUUGAUCCUGAUGUAGCACGUGCAGAACUUUUAAGGAUGAUUGUUUUGCAAGAACUUCCUUCCAGCUUUGUUGAACACCUUGGUUUUAGAAGAUUUUGUGCAAGCUUGAACCCGUACUUUAGGGUGGUUUCUAGAACUACUAUAAAGGGUGAUUGCUUGGCUGCCUAUCAAGAACAAAAGUUAGCUUUGCUUGAGGUACUGAGGAAAACAAAUUCUCGGGUUUCACUGACGGCUGACAUGUGGUCAUCUAAUCAAAACCUAGGUUACAUGUGCAUAACUUGUCACUUCAUUGACAAUGAAUGGAAUAUGCAAAAGAGGAUCAUAAGAUUCACUCAAGUGCGUACCCCACAUGAUAGUAUAGCUCUCUUCAAUGAAAUUAUAAAGUGCAUUCAAGAUUGGCAGAUAGAAAGUAAGUUGUUCAGUAUUACAGUAGACAAUGCAUCUACUAAUGAUUCUAUGGUUGUGGAAUUGAAAGGAAAUCUCUUGGGUAAACUUGCUAUGCCUUGCAAAGGAGAGCUAUUUCAUUUCUGGUGCGCAGCUCACAUCUUUAAUCCUAUUGUUCAAGAUGGAUUGAGUACUAUCAGUGCUGCCAUAUCCAGGAUAAGGGAAAGUGUGAAGUAUGUAAGAGCAUCAGAAGCACGGGAGCAAAAAUUUGAAGAAAUCAUUGCACAAGUCGGAAUUGUUGAAGAGAAGCGUCCUUCACUUGAUGUCUCCACUCGUUGGAAUUCCACCUAUUUGAUGCUUUCCUCAUCCUUAUUAUUCAGGAGGGCUUUUGAUUCAUUGGAUCGGUUUGAUCCUAACUUUAAAGAUGCUCCACAAUUUUUCGAUUGGGAGAAUGCAGAAGUUCUUUGCAAACAUCUCAAGGUCUUCUAUGAUGCAACUGUUGUGGUUUCCGGGACAUCAUAUCCCACUGUUACUCGCUACUUUCAUGAAUUUUGGAAAGUGAAGGUGAUGAUUCUAAAUGAGUCCAACAAUGAGGAUGAUCUUGUUGCUAGCUUGGUUUCUAAAAUGGAUACAAAAUUUCAGAAAUAUUGGGAUCUACAGUUCCUGCAGAUUUGGGUUCCUGUUAUUUUUGAUCCCAGAUUUAAGUUGAAAUUCCUUGAGUUUAGGCUGAAAGCAGGUUUUGGAGAUAAGGCAACUGGUCCAAAUGGAUAUCUCCCUAGAAUUAAGAGGACAGUCCGUACUUGGUUUGCUGAAUAUUCUUCACAAAUUUGUGGUCCAAGCACAACCAAUUCUCAAGAAGCAUCAACUAGUGGGGUGAAUGUUGGUGGCAGCCAAUUUGCUGACUAGAGGCAAUAUCUUCAUGAUCAAAGCAAGAGUAAAGUAAAGACUGAGUUAACUAGAUAUCUCGAAGAUAUUCCUCAAGAAAAUGAUUUCCCUGAUGAUGAUUUUGACAUACUCUAGUGGUGGAGGGUGAACUCUUGCAAAUAUCCAAUAUCAUCACGCAUGGCACUUGAUUUGCUUGCUGUCCCUGCAUCCUCAGUUGCAUCAGAGUCUGCAUUUUCUACUGGAUAAAGAAUCAUUAGCGACUAUAGGAGUAGGUUGGCUAGUGGAACUGUGGAGGCAUUGGUUUGCCUUCAAGAUUGGAUGCGAGCCGAUGGUUUUGGUGAUCCAUAUUCAAUUCAAACUGAUACGGCUGAGGGCGAUGAUGUUAAUAUGCAACUAUUGGGACAUUAAAUCAUUUGACAUCUCAGGCAAAUUACCAUGUGAGUUCUAUGCAAUCUGGGUUCUGAGAAAUUUUGCUAGUUCUGGAGCAGUGGUAAGUGGAGCUUGCUUUGUUUCCCAGCUCAUAUCAGUGUUUCCCACACAUGUCAGAUUACAUCCAAAAUUUGUACGAUGUAUUGGAAAUUUAGUUGAGCCUGGGAUUUCUGGACUUCUUUUCUGCCGUUGAGCCUGAAAUUCAUAUUUGAUUUUGCCUGGUGAAUUCUGCAUGAGUGACAGGAAUAGAUGCAAGGAUUAGGCGGCUUUGUUGCUGUCAGGAUAUGCAUGUCUUUUGAGUCCCUUUUUUUUUCCCCUUUAUGCUGUUGUUAAGCUAUGAAUAUUUUGGAAGGGGAUUUUUUUAGAACAAUUUGAUUAAGGAUCGGUGGAUUUUUAUGCCAAAUUGUAGACUCUGCUUUUCGCUGCAGUCACUGUCUUUCAGAAGAUUUCAGGGCCCAAGAUGGUUACUAAUAUUUACUGAUUUUCUGUUUCAUCUGAAGAUUCACCUCUGCAAGCCUGCAUUUUUGCUUAUACUGAAGAACUCUGAAUCUUCAUGCUUGCAUACCAUAUAUCGCAAUUUUUUUUCCUUUCAUCUUGGUUUAAUUAGCAGAUGUAAUUGUUGCCACAGUUGAAGAGAAGGCAGUAAUUUUUCUUGCA